CCCACUUUGAUAAAGUCAGUCGCAGUCUUUGAAGGACUUGGAGCCAACUUUGGUGGCCUCUCACACACAGGACACAGCAAACAUCAAUUCUCAGUCAUCAAGUCCUACCCUUUUUUAACACUAUAAAUGCAGAGACAACUAGAGAUGGCCAACUCCUGCAAUUUCCCUUCUCUCCUUCACAUUGUUCUUGUCCUGGUAAAUAAAACCCACUAAAUGACACCCUCAUAAAGGUCAAGAAUCAACAUCAAACCAAUCACACAGACUCUCUCUCUCUCUCCCUUCUGUCUCUGUCUCUGUAACAUUUUUAAUUGCCGUAAAAGGCUAAGCAAAAAGCUACCUACGCUUGACCAAGAGCUGAUUCAUUUCAUUUCAUUCUCUCCUCUGCUGAACCCAGAUUGAAGUGAAGUCAAUUGGUGACCAACAUGUAUCUUCUGAGAAGACAAGCUCAAAAACCAUCCCCAGAGGAUGAUUCUGCACAAAAAGAUGCAAAGGUCAAAGAACUCAGGGCUGCACUUGGCCCCCUGUCUGGACGUAAUCUGAAGUACUGCACUGAUGCAUGCCUUCGGAGAUAUUUGGAAGCUCGGAGCUGGAAUCUUGAUAAGGCGAAGAAAAUGGUGGAAGAGACACUCAGGUGGAGGGCAACUUAUAAGCCUGAAGAAACUCGUUGGCAUGAAAUAGCACAUGAAGGUGAGACUGGGAAAGUGUCAAGAGCAAAUUUCCAUGAUCGACUUGGGAGGACUGUGCUUAUAAUGAGGCCAGCAAUGCAGAACACAAACUCACCUGAAGGUAAUAUCCGCCAUUUAGUCUAUCUUAUAGAAAAUGGUAUCCUCAACCUUCCUGAAGGUCAAGAACAAAUGUCGUGGUUGGUUGACUUCUCUGGAUUCUCGUUGAACACCAAUGUCUCGGUCAAGACAGCCCGUGAUAUUAUUUACAUUCUACAGAACCAUUACCCCGAGAGGCUUGCGGUUGCAUUUCUUUAUAACCCACCAAGGAUUUUUCAGGCGUUCUGGAAGGCUGUCAAGUACUUCCUGGAUCCCAAGACAUUUCAGAAGGUGAAGUUUGUAUACCCCAAAGGUAAAGAAAGUGUAGAGCUCAUGAAGACAUUCUUUGAUGUUGAAAAUCUUCCGAGUGAGUUCGGGGGUCAAGCCACCCUAAAGUACGACCAUGAGGAGUUUUCACGAAUGAUGGCUGAGGAUGAUGUGAAAACUGCCAAGUUCUGGGGAUUUGAUGAGAAGCCUUGCCACAUAAAAAAUGGGCUUUCAGGAGCGGAGGUGGUGCCGGGGCCCCUCCCCAUUGCACCUAUAGCUAGCUGAGCACCCUGCCUAAUGCCCAGAUCAGGAAGAAUCACAAAAAUUAUACGAUGAGCAGGAGCUGAACUUAUAUAUAGAAGUUUAGUUUCAAUUUCCAAAAUGUGGACUGGAAUGUUCAUGUUUCAGUUCCUUGAUGCAGGUUAAUAAACAUGUGGUCCACCGUGCUUAACUGCUAACCAUGAGGGAAACAGACAAACCUCUGUGUUGUUUUCCUAAUGUUCUCACCUUAAAACAUACACUGUAAUAUGUUUCUUCUAUUUUUUCAAUGUAUCUUUUGUUCCCUCUUGAUUUAAGAACUUUGUUGCCAA